AUGGAAGCUCAUAUAAGUGCUCUGGAAGGGCACCUGGAGCAGACAAGGAGGAAGCUGGAGGAGACAAGGAAGGGGCUGGAGGAGGGUGAAAGAAUGAGAGCAGGGGAUUUGAAAGGACGAGUGGAGGACAAUGAAGGAGAGGUGAUGAAUGUGGCGAGGGAGUUGGUAGCAGUAGUGCAGGAAGAGUUGGGGGGAAUGGUAGCAAUCAAGGGAGAGUUGGUUGAGGUGAAGGGAGAGCUGGUUACAGUGAAGGGGCAGGUGGUUGAACAGGACUGCUUGCAAGAGGUGGAGAAGGAAGGGAAGGACGGGAUGCGCACUAAUGAGGAUGUAGAUUGGGUGAGCGUGGCAGUGGAUGGACAGGUGGCAGCAGUGGAGCAAUGCCAAGUGCCAACGCAUGCGGAUCCCGAUGUUUUGGAAGAGGAAAUGGACAUUGAAGAAGCGAUCAGAGCGAUAUUCAAUGAGGAAAUGGAUGUAUCACAGCAAGCUGGGUAA